CGUCGCGAUGGCGCUACCGGAGAAUCCAUUUUAUCUAGUCCGCAGCCCGCAAACCGACUCUCUUUCUUAAGUUUCUUCGACAGCCAUGACGGGGUUCAGCGAGAAGCCGAUCCUUAUCGAUGGCCGUGGCCAUUUGCUCGGCCGCUUGGCCGCCAAAAUCGCCAAAACUAUUUUGGAAGGCAACAAAGUUAUAGUUGUUCGUUGCGAACAACUUAACAUCUCUGGCAACUUCUUCAGGAACAAGUUGAAGUUUUUGUCGUUCCUCCGUAAGAGAUGUAACGUCAACCCUGCUCGUGGACCUUUCCACUACAGGGCCCCAUCGAAGAUCCUCUUCAAGACUGUUAGAGGAAUGGUCCCACAUAAAACCGCAAGAGGCAAAGAUGCUUUGAGAAGGUUGAAGGCCUACGAAGGCUGCCCACCACCUUACGACAGGAGAAAGCGAGUAGUAGUUCCUGGAGCAAUGAGAGUCAUGUGCUUAAAGCCAGGCAGAAAGUACUGUCAUGUUGGACGUCUGUCUCACGAAGUUGGAUGGAAAUACAAGGCUGUUGUCCGCACAUUGGAGAACAAGAGACGUGUCAAAUCCAUCAUGGAAGUCCAAAAGAGAAACGGACUUAAGAAAAUCACAAAGAAGGCUGGAGAGGCUGUUGCUCAAAGGGCUGCUCCUUACACUGCUGUUAUUAACAGCCUUGGUUACAAUUAAGAAUUUUACAUUAAUAAUAAAAAUUCUUUUAAAAAGCCAAA